AUGGCCGUAAUAGUGCCGCUGCUCUUGGCAGUCUUGGCUCUCUCCGGCCCGGCGCUGGCCCACGGCGGGCUGGCCAACUACACGGUGGGCGACACUUGGUACAGAGGAUACGACCCCGACACGCCAGCGGGCGAGCAGCUGGGCCGGCCGUGGCUGGUGCAGCGGCCGUGGGCGUCCAUCGACCCCAUCUUCAGCGUCGACGACAAGUUCCUAGCGUGCAACAAGCCCGGCACGCCCGCCGUCGCCUACAUGCCGAUUCGCGCCGGCGAGGACAUCACGGCCGUGUACUGGUACUGGCUGCACCCGGUCGGGCCCAUGACGGUGUGGCUGGCGCAGUGCGGCGGCAGCGACACCACUCAAGACCUGUGCAGCGCCGUCGACGUCAACGAGGCCGAGUGGUUCAAGAUCUGGGAGGCCGGAUUAAUUGGGGACGACAUACCCAACCUGGCCGAGGCCAUGUGGUACCAGAAACAGUUCCAGAACUGGGACGGCUCGCCCGACCUGUGGCCCGUGACCAUCCCCGCGAGCUUGAGACCGGGCCUGUACAUGAUCCGUCACGAGAUUCUCAGCAUUCACAUCGAGGACAAGCCGCAGUUCUACCCCGAGUGCGGCUACCUCAACGUCACCGGCACGGGUGCCGCGUUCCCGCCGAGGGAUAUGCUGAAGAAGUUCCCCGGCGCGUAUGAUGCCAAUGAUCCGUCCAUCAAAAUCGACAUCUACGCGUCAAACGCCACGACGUAUAUCAUCCCAGGAGGCCCGGUAUGGAACGGGUAA